AUGUCAAGUAUUUGGACCAAACUGAUUCCCGUGGCGGUGCUCGGGUUGGCAUCGCUGUACAACAAUCCAUAUCCCCUGCUGAACCGGUUCGGUGGGCGAGUACUAGAUCUCCAGCCGAACAACGACCACCUCGGUCACGGAGCGUUAAACAAUGAUAAAUGCUGGACUUUCCCGGUCGGCAAGGCAUCAUGCGGCUAUCCCGAGACGAGGAACGUCUUCUAUCCACCAUUGGCGAGGCACGACACCGUUAGUGCGAAGACCUACAGGGAAUACUUCCUCAAAUACGACAUCAAGUCCAACUCUACGGUUCCACUUGUCAUCGAAGGACUCGAUGCUUCGCACGACCUCAUUCUCCAUGGCAUUGACUUGUUUAUCCCCAAGGAUGACAAAUCUAGGAUAUAUAUGUUCGCAGUCAAUCACGCUCGCACCGGAAGCGAAAUCCUCCUCUUUUCGCACAAAAUAGGCUCCGAUGUGCUCACAUUUGUCCGCAGCUUUAAGCAUUCAAGUAUCAAGACCCCCAAUGCCGUCGCUGCAACCAGUCUCGAUUCCUUCUUCAUCACCAAUGACCACUACUUCUGGGGUGGCUUUCUCGGUGGCGUGCUCCGCAAGUUUGAGAAUAAGUUCGGUCCCUGGAAAUGGGCAUCCGAUGUCGUCCACUGCUCGGCAGCUGGCUCCCGGCUGGAUUGCAAGACUGUUUCACCGACUCACUCACACCCGUCUGCGAAUGGCGCACUGCUCAUCGACGAUGGAAAGGUCCUGUUGGUAAAUGAUGUGGUCAAAGGCACAACAACGUUCUAUGAUGUCGACCCGGUCUCGAAGGAAUUGACUGUAAAACAAGAAGUGCGUCUGGGCGCAGCAGCCGACAAUCUUUCAGAAAUCCCUGGAUCUGGAGAUAUCGCUGUUUGCGUCUUCCCUGAUGUCAUGCGUCUUAUCGGACGACUGACUGGAGACAACCUCUUGAAAACCGACUUCAAGGGAGAAGCCGCAGUGCUGCGUCUUGUCAAGAAGAAUAAUUAUCAGCCAGAGGUCCUGUACUGGGAUGAUGGUUCGCUCAUAACUGUUCUCACUGGCGCAGCUGUAGACCCAGUCACUCGUCGCUUGAUUGCUGGUGGAGUUGCAGAGAGGCAUUUCAUAGUCUGCGACAUCAGCGGCGUGAACCUCUGA